AGCAACAGUGGGAGCAGCGGGAGCAGCAGGAACAGCAGGAACAGGAGCAGGAGCAGAGGAAGAUGAGGCGCACGGCGCCCCGCAGCACCCUGCGGAAAAUAAUAAAGAAACACAAGCCGCAGUUACGCCUGGCGGCGAACGCCGACCUGCUGGUGCAUUUGAACUUCUUACUGUUUCUCCAUCGGCUAGCAGAAGAGGCCAGGACAAAUGCUUUUGAGAACAAAAGUAAAAUAAUUAAACCUGAGCACACCAUAUCUGCCGCAAAGGUUAUUUUAAAGAAAAGCAGAGGCUAGAAAACAGACCACUGGAAUUUUAAAGCAAAGUUUUUCCAUCUUGUCUUACUAACUUGAGAUACUGUGAGCCAGCUUUAGCGCUUGUGGAAGUAUGCAGUUUUAUUGAUGUCUAUCUCCUGACUGAGUAUCUUGCUCUUUCUUUAAAAAAAAAAAAAUAAAAAAAAUCUUACAAUGUAUAUUUUUGUACUCCAUGCAUAAUUUUAAAGUGUGUGUCACUUGGCAUUUAAGACUUUUGACAUACUUUAUUUCUUUUGUAAGAUGGAGGAAUGCCUGUACCAUAGGUACUCUUCAGGUACAAUGUGGCAUUUAUUAUUAGAAGUGUGAAACUUCUAAAGGAGAACAGUAAUAAAAAAAAAUGCAGGUUUCACAAAAUCCAUUGAAGAUUGUGCAGUUCAAAGCAGAUUUACUAGUUAAAGAAAAUCUUGGCUUUCAAAAUAAUCAUUGCAGAAGCAAGUGUGUUAAAUAUCUUGCCUUCAAUUCAUUCAUAAAUGUCUUAGUUACUUUGAAAAGUAGGUUAAAACUUCUGUGUUCUGGGGAAAGAAUACAUAUUUGGUAUUUAAAAUCAUGCUCUGAACUGUUAAGCUGGCCUAUUGUUUGCUGUGGUGUAUGAGACAAUUUGGUGGUCUGUAAUUCAGUUGGUGUGGACAGAUGCACAGAUUAUGGAGAAGAAAAGAUCUGGCACAGCUGUUGUUUUUGAAGUUAGAUCUUGUAAAAAUAACAAAGAUAAAUUGUCAUGAAUGCCCAGCCAUUUCCUCCCCCUUUUGAGUGUCAUCCUAACUUGUCAGAGGUCUGGAAAUGUACAUUAUAUAAAUAUGUCUUCUUAAAUUAAGAUCAUAUUCUAUUCCUAAUCUGAUACUUGUAACCAUUUACUGAACACUUUGCUUAAGGGAUGUUUUAAUAAAGUUAUAGUUGAAUCUCACAGUUUGAGCUGAUAAUACGGUUUUGUGGAAUAUGUGGUAGCUGAUCCUUCAUAUGCGCAAUGAACUAUUCU